UCAAUCUUCUUGUUUAUGGCCAAACCAGGAAGCAGGGCCUUGUUAUAUACACUGCGUCCAACUUCAACUUCUCAGCUACGAAGUGGUCGGCCAGGCGACAGACAUGGACUCCUACAGGGCCGUUCUCCUCCUGCUGCUUCUCUUCUGCCUUGCCUUCUGCUCACUCCCAUCGCAGGCCGAUUGCAGAACUACUCACUACCAUGACUUCGUUGUGGCUCCAACCAAUUACACGCGACUCUGCAGCAGCAAGAAUAUCUUGACCAUCAACGGCAAGUUCCCAGGGCCAACUUUGUAUGUAAACAAGGGAGACAGGUUGAUUGUGAACGUAGUCAACUUGGCUCCUUGGCCUCUCACUAUCCACUGGCAUGGACUACUGAACCCGGGGAACCCUUGGUCGGAUGGGCCGGAAUACAUCACCAUGUGUGGCAUCCCGGCAGGAACAAAUUUUACGCACGAUUUACAUUUUAGCGAGGAGGAAGGGACCAUCUGGUAUCAUGCUCAUAGUGACUGGACCCGUUGGACGGUCCACGGUGCUGUUGUGGUCUAUCCCAAAGUUGGAGCCACCUAUCCAUUCCCCAAGCCGGAUAAGGAGUAUGAAGUUGUCAUAAGUGAAUGGUGGAAAAUUGAUGUGAUGGCCAUGCUGCACGAAAAAAUAUUGACUGGGGCAGACUUCAACAAAUCGGACGCAUUCACCAUAAAUGGCCAACCAGGUGACCAGCACAAUUGCUCUGAAGAAGGAAUGACUCGGUUUGACUUUGAGCAUGGCAGAACCUACCUUCUUCGCCUUGUCAACGGCGCAAUGACAACCGGCCACUUCUUUGGCAUAGCAAAUCACACACUUAAGGUUGUUGGUAGGGACGGAUCGUACCUCAAGCCUUUCGACACCGACUUCGUCGUCAUCAGCCCAGGGCAGACUAUGGACAUUCUGGUGCAGGCCAACCAGACGGAGGGCCUUUACUACAUCGGCCUCAAUCCUUACAUUGCUACCAGCGAAACUCUGUAUUUUGACAGCACGGUGACCACGGCUUUAGUGGAAUAUGAAGGUUCCAACACCACCUCCCAGAGCUCCAUCCCCUUUCCUGAUCUUCCUGGAGUUCUCGACACCAAAGCGGCAUAUGAUUUUGUGGUGCAAGAGCGGAGUCUGGCAUCAGAGGAGCAUCCCAUCGAUGUCCCAAUGGAGGUCGACUCCAGGUUUAUGUUCACUGUGUCCAUGAACUUACAGCGCUGUCCAAAUGACAGCUGCAAAGGCGUAUUGGGCACCAGGUUCUCCUCAAGUAUGAACAAUGUAUCAUUUGCCAACCCUUCCAUCGACAUUCUGGAUGCCUACUAUCAACACGUCAAGGGUAUUUACACCACCGAUUUUCCGAGCUAUCCACCCUAUCUGUACAAUUUCACGGAUGAGGACCUUCCGGAUAGUCUAAGAUAUCCUGAGAUUGGAACGAGGGUGAAGGUGUUGAACUACAAUGAAACAGUGGAGAUCGUGUACCAAGGAACGACUGUCUUGCAAGCGAUCAAUCAUCCGAUGCACCUACAUGGGUAUGAUUUCUAUGUGGUGGGGCGGGGUUUUGGAAACUUUGAUCCCGAUAAGGACCCGUUGAACUACAAUUUGGUUGAUCCACCACGGGAGAACACGGUUGGAGUCCCAUAUGGUGGUUGGGCUGCCCUGAGAUUCAGAGCAAACAACCCAGGUGUUUGGCUCCUGCAUUGCCACUUUGAACGCCAUUUUACGUGGGGAAUGGCAACCGUAUUUAUUGUGAAGAAUGGUCCUACAAAUGAGACGAGCUUGUUGCCUCCUCCUUCAUAUAUGCCCAAGUGCUCAGAUGCACAAAUUAUUGACAACAGUGGGGGCUAUGACCCAUUUGAUCAGUGAAAUUAAGGACACCACACUUGCAAUCUUGAAAUAUUUUAUGUAAAACUAUGAGUGUCUAGUCGUAGUAUCUUUUCUCAUAAAUAGUUACAGACUUUGUUACAAUACAGCUUUUCAUGUUAUAAAGGGAGUUAAUUUCUCUCC